UAUGUGUUGCAUAAAAUGGUCAUGUGUUGUGUUCCGCAGGUGCUGCUGGUGUCGAGCAAGAAGAAGGACUGUAUCUCCUGGCUGGUGCCCGGAGGAGGAGUGGAGGCUGGGGAAGAGAUCUCUGAGGCGGCAAUGAGAGAGGCCUGGGAAGAGGCUGGUGUCCAGGGCAGCAUUGACAGAUACCUGGGACUUUUUGAGACUCAGCAUCACAGCGGCAGGAAGCGACACAGAACAGCAGUGUUCGUGGUGAGGGUGAAAGAGAUCCAGGCGCAGUACCCCGAGGCUCAUCUGGGUCGACAGCGCGAGUGGUUCUCACUGGAGGAGGCACUGUUGCUUCUCUCCCGCUACCGGCCCCUUCAGAGUGCCUACCUUCAGCUGAUGUUGGUUUCUCAACUAAAGGUCCCACCAGCUUGAAUCUUCACUGUGUCUCGUCAAUGGGAGGCCUCUGCUGUCUGCCAAGGACAUCUUCUCUCCUUUGCUAGGCAAGCAGAGUGUCAGCGACACUGAAGAUUUCCGUCAGCAUUUAGGAAGGACACUGAUAAAAAAGUCAAAACUGUACCAGAAUAAAAUUUGACAAUAUUUUAGUGAAAGAAAGUAAUCAAGAGCCACCUCCCAGACUUUAGUAAAGCUAUAUUUUCAGUGGGUGUCUCCAAGUUAUAACACAUGAUGAACUUAUAAUUACAUAAUUUAUUUUGUUCCACAAAGUGCUUUUUUGAAUACUGACUUCUUUUAAUAUCAAUUACCUAUUUACAUUGUUAAGAAAUUGCAGUGGCAAUGUCAUGCAUGAUGGGAGCAAGGCACAAAGGCCCAAGGUAGUUACUAUUAUUAUGUAGGUAUACGUCUCCAGGAGUGAGGUAUAAGAUUUUAGGAAUUUGUGUAUAGCAUUUCUAAGAAGGACAAAAUGUGAAAAGCAUUAAUUAUGAUACAAGUGUUUAUAAAAUGAUAAUAAAACUGCUAGAAAACAUGAGCCAAGAUCUGUGCUUUCUCUGAAAUGUGAUCGAUAAACUCGAGUGAUUCCAACGAUGAUAAUGGUGACUUAUCACCAAGCAGUCGUACAUUCAGUCAUGGUAACUUGUGUAUAUAAAAGUUUCCUAGGCUGGAUCAGCUGCCACUAAAAAACACAAAUCUUAUUUCAGAGGAUAGGAAAGGAUACACAGUCACAGUUGUUAUAGGUGUUAAAAUGUUGACCCAACACCUGGGUGUCUUGUAUUUCAGCAAUUGCUAAUGUGUGAGGUAGGAAUAUUUCUUGCAAUAAAAAUACCAAAUUUAAAUUUAAUGAGGCAAAGCAUAAGAAAAGAAGUUAAAGGUAAAAUUCACAGAUAUGUUUAGUGAAACGUAAAGACAUUGUGUCAGCUACUCAUUGGUAGGCUGUGCUGAGUUUGGUGUCUUUUUUUGAGUGACAAGAAAACUGUGGCCUAGUUGGGGGACGUCAAUUUUAUCUCUUAUUUAUUUUUAACAUACUGACAGAUUCUGAUAUUUGUUAAGUUUGAAAUUAAUGUCAACUGUACUUGUAAUUUAUUGUUGAGUUGUAUUGCAUAUAUAAAUUUCCAUUGAUUAUAGUAUUUAUUCUAACACUUAAAAGGAAAAACAUUAGUAAGGUAUCCCAAGGAAUUCUAUUACUGGUCACCUCCUCCUUGAUAGCUUGUUAUUGAAAACAUUUGGGCUGUCAGGAGGGACUGUUUUGUCAUGAAUAAAGAGCCAAUGCUGGAUGUAAAAAGUCAAAAGAAAAUAUUAUGACUGGUGUUUAGGUUCAUUUGACAAAGUACAAACAAAACACAUUGAGUAGGAAACAUUCAUUCAUUCAUUAACAAGUCAUGUGUUCCACAUGAAACAUGUUUGCAUGUGUAUGUUUUGAGUAUCCCUACCCUUGGUCCUGCAAAUAAAAUAAUUUGUAUCAUCUCAAA